AUGGCUUCCACAGACCAGCGAAAAACCGUCCUCAUCACAGGCUGUGCUCCUGGAGGGAUCGGUCAUGCUCUCUGCCUGGCGUUUCACAACAGAGGAUUGCGAGUCCUUGCCACCGCCCGUUCAACAGAGCAGCUUACCAGUCUGUCCGAACGCGGGAUUGAGACCUUACCCUUGGUUGUCGACGAUGACAAGUCCAUCCGCGAAUGUGCAGCCAGCGUUGAGCAAUUGACAGGCGGCCGUGGCCUUGACUACCUGGUCAACAACGCGGGCGUUUCCUAUGUCAUGCCAGCCCUUGACAUCAAUCUCGAACAUGUCAAGCAGAUAUUCGACGUCAAUAUUUUUGCCGUGAUGCGGUUAAGUCAAGUCUUCUCGCCCCUUCUUAUCAAGGCAAAAGGAACCAUCGUGAUGAUAGGCAGCCUGGCGGCUGUGAUCCCCUAUGUCUUUGGAAGCGUGUACAAUGCUUCCAAAGCCGCCUUGCAUGCGUACGCCAAUACCCUGCGAGUCGAAAUGGCUCCACUCGGCGUCAAGGUCAUCACCAUCGUCACCGGCGGCGUGAAAUCCAGGAUCGCAGCACACGUCACCCGUGUCUUGCCGGAAAAUAGUGCUUACACGGCCGUGGAACAAAAUUUCCUCCGACGUCAAGGCCAUUCACAGGAGGGUGCGAUGCCAAACGAAGCUUAUGCCGAGAGUGUCGUCAAGCAGAUCCUUCCCGGUGCUGGACCGUGGCCGUGGAGGUGGCUGUUGAGAGAUGCCAGAAAGAAAUGGAUCUGGGAGGGCAACAAGAGUUGGUUGGUUUAUUACCUCGCUGGCGGCUAUACCUGGUCCGGUGUUUUCGACUGGUACUUCACAAAGAUAUUCCAGCUGUGGAAGAUCAAACCCAAGGAAAAGACGCCUUGA